CAGAAAGCAAUAUGCGGACGACUUCCGGCGAGUCACUUUACGGCCAAGAAACAUGGGGUUCUAUCACAAAUUGUGUGUCGCUGUUGGGCUUAUUGCUCUUGCUCACGCGGCGUAUUCUGCGGCACAGCACAGAACCUACUUGCGGCUUACAGAGAAGGAAUUUACACGUCUGCCUAUUGAUAUCCUAGUGCAGUCUAUAAUUGGUCUUCUGGCCACUGGCUACGGUGUUGUCAACGUUUCUGGUAGUUUCAGGGAAAUCAAGGCUAGUGCUGAACUGGAGAAUAAAACAUGGGAGAUGUUGUCGAACAGACAAGCCUUCUACGUAUUCAACCAUCGAGGAAAAGCUCUGUUCCAGGAAGAAGAAUGAAGAAGUGGAUGACGGAUGUGUGAUGUCAGGAGCUUGAUGCGUGUGUGCGUGUGUGAUGUCCGACAAUGGAAGAACAUUUCCAAACUGGUGCUUCACCAUACGGUCGUCAUCUUACAUAUAUAUAUGUGUUAAUGUUUGAACAUGGACUUGAACGAUGAAAUACUUGAGGAAACUUACACUAGAGUAAGGGACAAUGGUAGCAUGGUCAUAAAUGGCAGGCCAACUUUCUUUGUUGAGUUGUGUCCCCUUACUGCCAGGAUUUGCUGUUCAUGAGUUUAAAUCCAAAUUUUGUUCGAUUUUAUUCCUGAUUGCAUGUCUGUUAUUGUUAUAUACCAAAGGGCAUUCCACUGCAUUAAGAAGACAUGGUAUGACAACAUGGAAUUAAACUCACUCACUCGUGCAGCUUGAUGAUGCAUUUAAAGGUCACAUGCAACCAAAAAAUCAAACAUAAGUAAAACACAAUUAUCACUUAUUCAUGACAUAUA